GCCGCCUCGCGGCCGGCCCGGCCCCCGGCAAGGCCCCCGGCGUCCCCGCGGCCAGCCCGCUCGCACCCCGACGGGGAGCUCUCUCGCGCUCCGGCCGUUCGGAGCCCCCGCCCUCCACCCCAGUCCGGCCCAGGGGCCAGAUCACAGGGAGAGACACACUCCGCCCGCGCGCCUGCCGGCCCCGCGCGCCUCUCACGGUCCUUCCUCCCAGCGCUCGCCCUCGUCCCCACUUCUCCGGCCCCGCCGAUACCCCUCUUCCUCCUCGGGCGCCCGGCCUCGCGGAGCCCGUCCUGACCGGGUCACGAGGGCGGACGGCACAGCCCCGACUUCUCCCUGCCCUCCCUCCCCGAGGGCCCGCCGCGGCCGCGCCAGGCAGGAGCCGCGCAGAGAUGCUCCUGUGUCCUCUCGGGCGUCCGCAGUCCCCUCCACCUGCUCUCCUGGGAAGAGGACACGCCGAGGAGCAGCCCUCCAGCCUUGACCCGAGCAUGCAGGCCCCACCCCACAGCCUCCCAGCUGGGCUCAGCCUGGAUGACUUCAUCCCCGGCCACCUCCUGGCCCACGUAGGGUCAUCCGCCCGGGGGACACGGGUGCCCGUCAUCCGGAAUGGUGGCUCCAACACCCUUAAUUUCCAGUUCCAUGACCCUGCGCCCAGGACCGUGUGCAAUGGGUAUUUGCCACCGAGGAGAGAUGCUUCCAGACACCCAGACCCUGCUUGGUAUCAGACCUGGCCGGGCCCUGGGAGCCGGCCCCCUGGGAACCAGAAGACCCCUGCCUCCCAGCAUUCCCAGAAGUGGUCAGCCACGUGGACCAAGGACAGCAAACGGCGGGACAAGCGCUGGGUCAAGUAUGAGGGCAUCGGACCCGUAGAUGAGAGCGGCAUGCCAAUUGCGCCCCGAUCUAGUGUUGACAGCCCCAGGGACUGGUACCGAAGAAUGUUCAAGCAGAUCCACCGGAAAAUGCCGGACCUACAGCUGGACUGGACCUUCGAGGAGCCACCCAAAGUGGAUUCUUCCUGUGCCACCUCUGCAGACGCAAGGCAUCCAGGGCCUCAGCAAAGACCACCUGCCAGGCCAAACCAGACGUCGCCUCUGAGCGGAAGAAGCUGGGACGUCUCUGAAGAGUCUCUUAGAAGAACCUUCAGUUGCAGUCCUGGAGCACCCUCCUCCCUGCACCAGACUUCGAAGCAGGUGCUCAGACGCCAAGAGAAAGCGGACAAUGUCUGGACGGAAGAAUCCUGGAACCAGUUUCUGCAAGAACUAGAGACUGGGCAGAAGCCCAAGAAACCACUGGUAGACGACCCUGUUGAGAAGCCCUCCCAGCCCAUUGAGGUCCUGCUGGAGAGAGAGCUGGCCAAGCUGAGCGCUGAGCUGGACAAGGACCUGCGGGCAAUCGAGACUGCGCAGCCGUCCCCCAAGAGCUCUCAGACGCCCCGACGGUCCCGGGAACCGCGGUCCCCAGCGCGCCCGGCCUCCGCCUGGAGCUCCAGCUCCCCGAAUGCACUUUACCCGGCUUCCUCCCUGAGCGCCCCCAGGAUGGCGGAUGGAGGAAGCCCCUUCCUAGGCCGGAGGGACUUUGUCUACCCUUCCUCAGCUCGAGACCCUAGUGCCUCUGAUCCAGGGGGCAGCCCUGCCAGGAAGGAAGAGAAGAAGAGGAAGGCCGCCCGGCUCAAGUUUGACUUCCAGGCCCAGUCCCCUAAGGAGCUGACUCUGAAGAAGGGUGACAUUGUCUACAUCCACAAGGAGGUGGACAAGAACUGGCUGGAGGGAGAGCACCAUGGCCGCCUGGGCAUCUUCCCCGCUAAUUACGUGGAGGUGCUGCCAGCAGAUGAGAUUCCCAAGCCCAUCAAGCCUCCGACCUACCAGGUGUUGGAGUACGGAGAAGCCGUGGCCCAGUACAACUUCAAGGGCGACCUGGAGGUGGAGCUUUCCUUCAGAAAAGGGGAGCGCGUCUGCCUGAUCCGCAAGGUGAACGAGCACUGGUACGAGGGCCGCGUCUCGGGCACCGCACGCCAGGGCAUCCUCCCCGCCAGCUAUGUGCAGGUGACCCGGGAGCCCCGGGUCCGGCUCUGUGAUGACGGCCUCCAGCUCCCUGCGUCUCCUCCCCGCCUGCCCACCGCCCGCCCGGUCCAUCACCCCAGCUCUCCCUUAAUGCCACACAGCCCAGCUGACCCCACUGACAGGGGAGGCCAGACCUCCCCCCGCCGCACCGGCUUCUCCUUCCCUCCCCAGGAGCCCAGACCUCAGACCCAGAGUCUCAGCACCCCCGGGUCAGCUCUGUCCCAUCCUGGAGGCUCCAGCCAUCCCCUGGACCUGGGGACCUCGUCCUCCACCACCACCGAGAUACACUGGACCCCGUACCGGGCGAUGUACCAGUACAGGCCCCAGAAUGAGGACGAGCUGGAACUGCGGGAGGGGGACCGGGUGGACGUUAUGCAGCAGUGUGACGACGGCUGGUUUGUGGGGUGCAAGAGUGAGGAAAAGCAGACGACUCCUUCCCUGGGACCUGGAUUCCACCUGCAGUCCUGGGUGUCUCCAGGAGGACCCAGAAAUUUGGGACAUUCCCUGGAAAUUAUGUAGCCCCGGUGUGAGUGGUCUCCGUGGCAACUCAGAGCCCACCCAGGAUGGGGUGGGGAACAGAGCACUUAUGGGAGGGAGCGAGGACCCCCCUCCACACACCCCUCCCCCAGGACCUGAGCUGCUGGCAUCUGCAGACAAGCCCAGCAGUCUUUCCUACAGAACCUCCCUUGAAGCCCCCUGGACUGAUUCCCACCCACGACUCACAAGCAUUCCUCUAACAGCCCUUUUAUUUCCUCCCCUUCCCCACUCCCCAAAUAUAGAGGUCUGCUUUGAAGUGGAGCCUGUUUCAGGCCUUAUUGAGACCAGACCCCCGAGUCCUCCACCCUGCUACGGCGUUUCCUCUUAACAGGGGCCGGCUCCCAGCUUCACCCCCAUGGGGUUCCUCUAACAAGAACCAGCUUCCUAACCUAAUAGAGACCAAAGGCCGCCUGCGCCUGGAGGGCUUUCUCCCUUGUCACUGCAGCUUGCUUGCCAUCCUCUCUGCCUCCCUGCCUCCAGCUGGGCCUGGGAGUGUGGUGGGGGAUGGACGUGGCUCUUCCUUAGCAUUUGCUGCCUGGCAGGAGGUCUUGCCUGAAGGCUCCCUCUUCCCAAAGGCUGCCCAACCCUGGGCCUGGGCCGUGCUUAUCAUUCCGGCUGCCUUGGUGCCCAGGAAGAGCGGGGCUUCCGAGGACUGGCCUGUCCCAGAUGUAUUCCAGGGAGAUGGGUAUGUGCUGUCCUCCUGCCAGCCCAGCGGCCCCCAAGUCCCCCCUGGAAGCAGAGAAUGUAAAAUAAAUCUGGGUACCAGGGA